GCGCGCAUCUGCUCCUGCGCGCUGUCACGCUUUACUACCAACAGGCACGGAAUUCCAGGGAGGAAGUCACUGAGAUUGGGAAACGAACAACAACUCCAAACGUGCCAAAAAACCCAAAACAAACCAAAACAAAAAAAACCCCGAGGAAUACUAAGACGUGUGAAAACAGCGGCUUCUCCUUGGGGGGGGCAGAAGAAUGAUCUGAGUUUGGAGUAUGGACUAAAGAGGCUCGGUUCCACCAGAUGGAGGCGGCGAGAAGUUUGGUGUUUGUCGGGGCCGUGCUGCUCGGAGUGACGGGCGCAUUGGGCAGAGAAGUGUGCCUGGGUACUGACAUGAAGCUGGCCCUACCCUCUAGCCUGGAAAAUCAUUAUGAAACCCUAAGGCUGCUGUACACCGGGUGCCAGGUUGUCCACGGCAACCUGGAGAUCACACACCUACAUGGACAGCCUGACCUCUCCUUUCUGCAGGGGAUUGUGGAGGUGCAGGGCUAUGUCCUGGUAGCCCACGUGUCCGUGAGUCUGGUGCCUUUGGACAACCUCCGGAUUAUUCGAGGCAGUCAGCUGUACAACUCCAGCUACGCCCUGGCUGUGCUGAACAACACUCUGAGAGGACAGGGGCUCAGGACUCUUCGACUUCGUAGCCUCACCGAGAUCCUGUUGGGUGGGGUCUAUAUUUGGGACAACCCCCAACUGUGCUUCCCAGACCCUCAGAGUAUUGUAUGGAGGGACACCUUGGAUCAGUCGGUGCCCAGCAGUCCUGUUAAGCAGCUCUUGUUGCAGUCUCGAGCCCCUAAAUGUCCAAGUUGUGCCUCUGCAUGUGGGAAAGGCUGCUGGGGAGAAACCACUCAGGACUGCCAAACCUUAACCCGCAUUAGCUGUGCAUCUGGCUGUCAGCGGUGUAAAGGUCGACUGCCCAAUGACUGCUGUCACAUGCAAUGCGCUGCUGGAUGCACAGGACCCAAAGACUCAGACUGCCUCGCAUGUCGACACUUCAAUGACAGUGGCGUUUGUAAGGACAACUGCCCUCCACCUACUAUCUAUGACCCUGUCACCUUUCAGACCAAACCUAACCCCAACAAGAAGUUCAGCUUUGGAGCCACAUGCGUGAAGACAUGUCCAUAUAACUACCUGGCUAUGGAUGUGGCCUGUACUUUGGUUUGUCCUAAAGCCAACCAGGAAGUUAUCAACACCCAGCCUGAUGGAAGUGAGACACAGAAAUGUGAAAAGUGUGAAGGAGACUGUCCGAAAGUGUGUUAUGGCUUGGGUAUGGAAAACCUAGGUGUCAUGGACAACCAUGGCAUCACUAUGGUGACGUCUUCCAAUGUUGAGCAGUUCAACACUUGUAAGAAGAUCUUUGGGAGUCUGGCCUUCCUUCCUCAGAGCUUUGCAGGCGACCCUGCGACCAACACAUCAGGCCUGACUCUCCAGCAACUCAAAGCUUUCAGGAACGUGGAGGAGAUCACAGGUUAUUUGUACAUUGAUGCCUGGCCAGAAACCUGGACUGACCUAAGUGUGUUUGAGAACCUGAAGGUGAUCAGAGGGAGGAUGCUCUACAAGGGUGUCUUUUCACUGGCCAUCCAGAAUCUACAUAUCCGAUCUCUUGGGUUGCGUUCAUUACGUAGUGUGAGUGGCGGUUUAGUCCUGUUGCACAAUAAUUCACAGCUGUGCUACACCAGUUCCCUGCCCUGGGGGGGUAUCCUCCAUCCCACCCAAGGGCCCAAUCGUAUCGUCAGCAAUAACCGAGACCCUCAACUCUGUGAGGCAGAAGGGCAUGUUUGUCACCCAUUGUGUGAGGAGGGCUGCUGGGGUCCAGGGCCGAGCCAGUGUGUGUCCUGCGCAACUUACCAGCGUGGCACUGAAUGUGUAGAGCAAUGUGACAUCGAUCAGGGUCCUGUGCGUGAAUACAUAGAUGGAUCUUUGUGUGUCGCCUGUCACGCAGAGUGUCGACCUCUGAAUGGCUCCGCCUCCUGCCAUGGUCCGCAUGCAGAUCAGUGCACAGAAUGUCUAAACUUCAAAGACGGAGAGUUGUGUGUGGAUCGUUGUCCCACCGGCAUGAAGGGGGAUCAGCUCACUGUGUGGAAAUACAGCAACGCCACAGGACACUGUCUGCCCUGCAACACCAACUGUACCCUGUCCUGCACCCUGACGGAUGAGAGGGGCUGUCCCAUUCAUACCAAGACGGGACCAGGAACAACCAUUGCGGCAGCAGUGGGCGGGGUGGUGCUCUUCUGCAUCCUGCUGGCUCUGCUGAUCUUCUACCUGAAGAGACAGAAAAAGCUGCAGAAGAAGGAGACGAUGAGGAGGAUCCUUCAGGAGCAUGAGCUGGUGGAGCCUUUAACACCCAGCGGAGCUUCACCCAAUCAGGCUCAGAUGCGCAUCCUGAAGGAAACUGAGCUGAGGAACCUCAGGGUGCUGGGGGCUGGGGCCUUUGGCACCGUUUACAAGGGAGUGUGGGUUCCUGACGGGGAAAAUGUGAAAAUACCUGUGGCUAUCAAGGUUUUACGAGAGAACACCUCACCAAAGGCCAAUAAAGAGAUUCUUGAUGAGGCAUAUGUGAUGGCGGGAGUGUCCAACCAAUAUGUUUGUCGUCUCCUGGGCAUUUGUCUGACCUCCACGGUACAGUUGGUCACUCAGCUGAUGCCAUACGGCUGCCUCCUUGACUAUGUCAGGGAGAACAAGGACCGCAUCGGCUCCCAGUCUCUCCUCAACUGGUGUGUCCAGAUCGCCAAGGGAAUGAGCUAUCUGGAGGAGGUACGUCUAGUCCACAGAGAUUUGGCUGCUCGUAAUGUUCUAGUGAAAAACCCAAAUCACGUGAAGAUCACAGACUUUGGUUUGGCACGUCUGCUCGACAUAGACGAAACUGAGUAUCACGCUGACGGAGGGAAGGUGCCGAUUAAAUGGAUGGCUCUGGAGUCGAUUCUGCACAGGAAGUUCACUCAUCAAAGUGAUGUCUGGAGUUACGGGGUGACUGUGUGGGAACUGAUGACGUUUGGAGCAAAGCCCUAUGACAUGAUCCCAGCGAGGGAAAUCCCAGAUGUUCUGGAGGGUGGAGAACGGCUUCCACAGCCCCCGAUCUGCACCAUCGACGUCUACAUGAUCAUGGUCAAAUGUUGGAUGAUUGAUCCAGACAGCCGACCAAAGUUCAAGGAUCUAGUGAAUGAGUUUAGUGCCAUGGCCAGAGAUCCACCACGUUACGUUGUCAUUCAGAACGAUGACAAGAUGAACAUGUCCAGCCCGGUGGACAGCCAGUUUUUCCGGAUGCUUAUGGAAGAAGACGGAAACAACAUGAGCGACCUGCUGGAUGCUGAUGAAUAUCUGGUGCCACAGCCGGACAUCUUCCCCAGGAGUCAAACAGAUGGGAUGCAUUCUAACGGGCCGUCCAGACACCAGUCAUACAGGCAGAGCAGAGAUCAGGGUUUGGAUAUUGAUCCCACCAUUGUCGGUGGUCAUCGGAGCAUGGCGUCCUCCAUGAACACUCUCAGCCGCAGCCAGUAUCCUACAUUACAGCUAGGAGCCAGCACCUCCAACGGCCUCUGGACUCAGUACCCAACCCUGGCUCGCAGCCCCUCAGCCGGGGGCCACUCGGAUUCUGUCUUCUUGGACGGGUCUCCAGACAACCCUUCACUACCGCCAGCCAGUCCUGGACGCUACAGCAAAGACCCGACCUACCCUAACGGCAGUCAAAGUGAUCUGGAAACAGACGGGCCUUCAGUCUUUAAUCCUCCUCAUUACCUUCAUCACUCACUCCCCAGAAGAACUCAUGGCUAUAAUCAUAACCAUGCCUUACCCGAGUACGUCAACCAGGACGUCCCAGACCUCAGGCUAGUGAUCCCUGAUCGGCCCACCACCCUGCCCCGGAAAGGCUCCAAAGCAGACAGACGCUACCCAAAUGGUCUGAGUACUGGUCACAGUGUGGAAAACCCAGGAUAUCUGGUCCCCAUAACCUCUGAAGCCCCUCACUCCCCAGCCUUUGAUAACCCGUACUACUUGGACCUUGUGGCCAAAGCUGUGUCUGGGACUGUGGGAGUGGACGGUACUGGGGAUCUGCAGUCAGACGGAGGCGUUCCUAGGCAGCUGAAUGGGUUUGUGACCCCCACGGCAGAAAAUCCGGAGUAUCUGGGACUAGCGGAUACUUGGAGUGGAUAUACUUGAGAACGGAAAUGGGAGUGACGUGAGGAACUCAGGAGUUGUCACAGAUUGUGUCCAACUGAGAUGAAUGAAGAGCGUGAGAAAGGGAAGAUGAGUAUGUGUGUGGCAGAAAUGAGUCUAGUGUGUGUUUGAGAUUGAGUUAAAGCAUCAGAGCUGUUUGUGCCUGAGCAUACACAUGUAUAUGUAUAUGCAUGAGUGUGCAUACGUUUGCCUAAACACACAUGGAACUGAGUGGAUCCAGAAGGUCCAAUAAUCAGUCACCAAACUGCCUGGCUGUGACACACUGUGACUCAGUGUAGCAUUAAUCUGGUGUCCGUGGCGUCGUUUGUAUUCCCGUCUUCCUCUCGGCAAUCUGUGCUCUCUGUGUGACUUUUCGGUGCCAAAAACAGAAGUUUACUCAGCGUCUGAAUAUAUCUCAGUACAAAGACUUCACAAAAUCAUCAUGGUACAAGAAGGGGGACGGAGGAAGUCGUUAAUCAGUCGGUUUCAUCGAUAAUAACAUUUGACCACAUUAAUGAACGCUGCGGUUUUUCUAACUUUGAUUGUUUUUUUUUUCUUCUUCAAGUUGUUUACCAUCUGUGUUUGUUUCUACUAUAUGUGAAGCAUUUUUGUGAUUACUUAAUUCCCCCUGUGCAUCCUCACAUGUCCAGCUGAACAGAGAGAAACAUAAACAACACUGACAAAGUGAGCCAUGUUAUGCAUUGAACAUGAUGUUUAGUAUUCUGGUCACUUUCUCCAGGACUUGAUAGGGGUCUUCAAUACACUCAAAGCCAUUUUGUUUUGACCAGAGAAGGCCCUGCAGCCCAUCUGGCCAGUAGACAUGCUCCCUGAAAGAAAGGCAUCCUGUGUGUGGAAGACAGAGGCAUUGUGCCACACUGAUGUAUGUGGCUGUUAGUGUUUGUGGCUGCAGCUACUUUGUGGUACGGAAGAGAUAUAAGGUACAAACAGACUCUCUAAGCUGCAAAAUCUUUAUUUUAGAGUAAAUUUAUCAGGGAUUAAAAGUUUUGCGGACAAUAUAUUUGCAUUUUAAAUAAUGCACAAUGCACUGUUAUAUGUCCACAUCUGUGUUUCCCUUUACUGUUGGUGACACUGUGCAAAGAAGCACAAGAUAAUGGUGAAUAUAUUAAGAAAAGAAGUAUAUAAUUUGCAUGUAAUGAUACAUUACAUGAUAAUUACCACCCUUUUGUGAAACAAAAAUGCGCUUUUGUGUAAAAGUGAGCAACGCACUAAACAUUUGAGGUGAAUGUGAUUCCGAGGAGGCAAACAUUGUUCGGUCUGGAUAAUCAAUGCAUGGCUCAAAUUCCACUCAGUGAGAACACACUGGCAUCCCAGUUAAUAAUCAACAGCAUUUUUUUGAAGACUUUUUUUUUCCAUGUUAAUGGGUGUUGGGGCUGGGGGAGGUCAAAGCAACUCAAAGGAGCCAUUGUCUGACCCUAUGUCCUGUUGGAAAGUCAGCGCUCUCCCAUCUCGCACGUUUCAACGACCGAUGUUGUAACAGCUUUGAAAAGAGAAAUGCAGUUUUCUGCUGCAGAGGCGGGAGUUUCUGCAGCAGAUUGUGGUUGUGUUUUUUAACAUAUCUGGGUAUCAUGUUCAGCCUUUCCACCGCUGCAUCCAGAAUAAACAACUCAUCCAGCUACUACUGAGCUUGAGCACUGAAAGAUUGUUUUAAAGGAGAUAUUCUUUGAGGUUGGUGAGUUUCAGUCACAGUGGUAAUGAAUGUGAUGGCUGAAACUUUUGUAGAAAUGUUAAAUAUUAUCCCACAUCGCUUUUAAGUCUUUUUAUUUUACCACAAUGUUCUGAUACGGGUUCGAAGAAACUGAAAAGAUUUGUUCCAGAAUAGUAUCUCUAAUUUUAUAUAACAAUUUCUUACAUAGAAAUAACAUGUUUCCCUAAAAACAUGCUUUUUAAAUACUUGUGCACUAACAUUGUUUGGAAUGAAAUUAUUUUCUAAUAAUAGAUUCACAUGACAUAAGUUUUCUGUAUGUUCAUAUGUAGUAGAUUUAUAGUGUUUUGGAAUAAAACCCCUCAUGUAUGUUCUUGCUAUCAGGUGAGGACCUCAUAUCUCCAACAAAAUUCGCAAAAAUGCAUACAGUACAUUCAACCAUACGGUAUUUUAAUGGGAUAAAUCGUUUGUCGCUUUGUAAUUUUUGACCAGUAAUUAAAUAUCAAUUCCCCAACUUUGUUGCAGCAUUAGCAUCAAUGAAUUUAAGUUCUGUGAUUUUAAAAAAGUGACUUCAGCAUAUCAGCUGUAAGGUACCAGGAUGGUAAAGGUGUUAUUGUCCAUUAUAACAAAGUAAAUGAGUCCUUUGAAUCGUGCACAUGACCUCUGGGGAUACAUGGUUAUUUACAUAAUGUUGCACUGUGUUGUAGCUCACACAUGUUCCUCCUCUCCUCUAAAAAUGUGAUAUUUUUACUUGUGAUUCUGAGGCCACAGCUUAUACUUCCUAUACAAUCACAGUUAAUGUAGUGGUGUUUACACUGUACUGUCAUUUUUAUACUAAUUGUUCAUUUAAGCUGUUCUGUGUAGCCUGCACGUUACAGUGGAAGUUUCCAGAUAAGAAGGUGCGUCUUCAUGAAUGGCACACUCUUGUCAGGAGGCUACGUCUUGUUCCACGCACUUCACUUUAAAACCAUAUACAAGAACCAAAACCCAACCCAGGCCUGAGGACCGGCACCUGUCUGGUGUUUUACGAUGACUAACAUCCCUCCUGCUGACGUGCUUUCUGUUUACUGAGAAUAUUGGUGUACUGUGGAACGCAUAAAUGGUUAAACUAAAUAAAAAACAGGGUCUGUGGUUGUUUUAUGAUUUCACUAAAGUGUAACAUGUGAAGUGAAGCAAGAAACUGUAGAGAAAUAAAAGAGCAGGUGACAGCAGUUGAAGAAAAUGCAUCUUUUGUACUUUUAUGUGAUUUUUUUUUUUUUUACCCUUUUCCAUUUGUGUGAUGUAGAAAAAAACAAAUAAUGCAAUUUUAUUUUGUGUCCAAAAAUGCAUUUUCUUCCAAUUGGUCAGUAAGUCCUAAUGUAAAUGUGUAGAACAUGUAAGUAAAACAAUCAUUUUGGCAUCUAAUUUGAUUUACUGUGUUCUAGGGAGGGGGAUUACAUAUGAAAAAAAUGUUCUAUGAAGAAAUAGUUGUUUUUAUAUGGAAAGUUUGACAAAAGUGUGUGUUGUAUAUAAAAUAAUUAAACCAUU